UCGGCGCGCCCUGUAAUUAGGAGCUCUAGUUGGGUUGGGCGCUGCCACGGUGGACAGCCCGGGCUGCUGCAGUCGAGGGACUUUGGGAGACGCCAGCUCCGGACUGAGAAGGUCUCUAGGUGCUCCCCGUUAAGAGAGCGACACCUCACGCGCAUUAAUAUAAAAAACUAAAUCCAAAAGAAAUGAACGGGCAGUCCUCACCUGUCUUCGAGGAGAAGAAGCCGUGCCUCCCCAUCAUGUCUGGGAGCUCCAUCUCGGCCACCAAGGAUUCCCCGACCCUGCCGGAGUCCUCCUCCACGGACAUGGGCUUCUACAGCGGGCAGAGCGGGCUCCACGGCGCGCAGGAGUUCUACCCGGCGCCGCACCAGCAGCACCAGUACCACGAGCAGCAGCAGUCGUACCCGGCGCAACACGUGAACCCGUACGCGUACCACCACCACUACAACUUGCACGGGGUGGCUGCUGGCGGCGCGUACCCGGUGGCCAAGGCGGAGUACCCGUACCUCCACUCGGCGUACAGGGAGCACGGCGCGUUCAGUCGGGAGGCGCAGGCGGCGCUGCAGGACGUGAAAGAGGAACCCGACGUGGAGGUGCGGAUGGUCAACGGGAAGCCCAAGAAGGUGCGUAAGCCCCGGACCAUCUACUCCAGCUACCAGCUGGCGGUUCUGCAGAGGAGGUUCCAGACGGCUCAGUACCUGGCCCUGCCGGAGCGGGCCGAGCUGGCCGCUCAGCUGGGCCUCACACAGACGCAGGUCAAAAUCUGGUUCCAGAACCGUCGCUCCAAGUUCAAGAAGCUCUACAAGAACGGAGAGUUUCCGCUCGUGGAAAUUCCUCUCGAGCACAGUCCGAAUGCCAGCGAUUCCAUGGCCUGCAACUCUCCUCCAUCCCCAGCUGUAUGGGAAAACAGCAACGGUAACAACAACAACAACAACAACAACAACAACAACGCUGACGGCAGCAACAACAACACAAGCAGCGGCAUCAAGAGUAAUGCACUGGUGGAUGCCGCCGCCAGAGGGCAGGGUCCCUGUCAGCCUCCUGUGGAUCCCUCGCCCGCCUGCAUGGGGGACUACACGCAUCAGAACUGGUACCACCAGCAGGGUGCACAUUUAGGCCUGGAGCAGACGGGCCCGGCUAACCACACACCACCAACGGCAACAGCACAGAGUCUGGGAGCCGUCUACUGAUGCUGAAACGCUCCAAACACCUGCAGGGUUUUCUUUUAGAGGAGGGGUGGUCUUUGGAAAUAGAAACACCUGACAGUGAUCAUCCGACACGAGUCAUGACUGUAAAAACAGGCCCACAUGUCGUCACACAGACUUUUCUACAAUAAAUGUGGAUCGGCCUCGGUUGCCCUGUUCAGCUUUGACGUUUAUGAACUCCUGGAGAUAAACGGGUGAGCUGAGACUGAUUUUCUUAUUUGGAAUCACUGAUAGUACAACAUUUAUAUUUUAAUUAUGACCAUAUUUAUUCCAAAAAAGGCUUCAGUCAUACCUCUGACAAAGCCUUUUCCCUCUCAAGCGGAAUACUACUGACAUGUUCCUGGCUUUGCAGUAAAUUGAAGCCCACCAAACCAGCACGCCGAACUUUAACACAUGUUGGGCUUUACAUGGACAGAGCUGAUAACCUUUUAAAAUAUGACAUUAAUAUCAGCCAAACGCAGGAGACACUGAAAUGAUCCACAAGAGGGUAUUAGAGUCAAUUUAGAAACCACAUUUUUCCACGAGGAAUAAAGUCGUGAGAAUAAAUUCACGAAUAAAACAACGUAGGUCCGAAAGAGUGCCGCAAUUAGGACAAAAAAGAAGAUGAAGAAGAAGAAACGAAUCAGCACUUUUGCUUCGGUUCCCUCGCCUGGAAGUUUGAAUGUCUUUGGUUAAAUGCCUGAAAUAAGGUCUGUGGUCAACACAAGCUAAGGAGACUUUCAACCCAUUGUCCUACGACAUGAAACAUGUGCUAACCCUCUCGUGAGUCUGCAUCAUAAACAAUUGUUUGCUACAGAGCUUAUUUUCUGCAAUAAUCCCACUUGUUUUUUGUUGAGGGAACCACUGCGAUGCUAACUUCCUGGUCGGCCCACAAAAAUACGUUAUAUCCCUGCAGCGAUUUUUAGAUAACAAGAAGUGGAUGAUUUACUUCCGUAGCUACGGAACAUUUUACAAAACAAUGUUUGUGUCCAUUUCUUUUUUUGUCAACGGAGUUUUAGUUCUUAUAAAACCUGCCUGUAGCAGAUCAAAACAAUGCAAAGCCUUUUGUGGCUCGAGAGGGAGCUGUGUGAAGUCUGUGGAAUUGCCUCCAGUGACGUCACUUGAGUCGGUCGGGUCUACACGUUUGAAAAUUAAACAAAUCUGGGGGUGUUAUCUGACCAGACCUCUGUAGCCCGCUCCUCAUCUCUGCUGGAAGCAACUACACACCCGAUUCUGCGACCAAGCUUUUUUGGGUAAUGUAGGCACCAGGGUUUUGACAAGGAAGAGUAAUGUGUGGAAUUAAAAAGACAAUAUCUGUGGUUCUGCUGUAUCGAGAUUGUUCGAGAUAUCUAGACUUUUAUCCUUUUUUAGUAAGAGCCAAGCUCUGAAAAUGCUGCAUCUCACAACUCCCAUAAUGCAACCUGAUGCAGCAUCUUUCAUUAAACCCUCCUCCUUGGCUUGAUAAACGCCCACAUCCUUCAAACUCCAUGUGUCCUUUGCAACGCAGGCUCUCUGUUUUGAAUUUGAAAUCUACCAACCCUAAACCAAAGUAACCCUGGUGACAUCCGCAUGACGUCAUCUGGGUCAGGACAAAGCUUCCCAGAGCCACAGAAGCCAUUCUACACCGGUGUUCACCUGCUGAGCACAAGUACACGGGUUGUCACGGUAAAACGACCCAAAGCGACAGCAAG